UGGGGAGGAGUCAGCCAGACCUCAUAUGUUGUCGCUGGGUUUGCUCCUAUUAAUUCAGCCAAGGUGCUCCGAGGAUCCAGAACAACAACAUCUCUGCAGAGAGCAACAUUUCUACUGAGAAAUAUGCAAAGCCCUCCAAAGCCCCAGUUCGCCAGCUGGCUCAUAGAGCAGGUGGAGACACGCCAGUACACGGGCCUGUGCUAUGUGGGCCGAAACAAGUUCAGAGUCCCCUGGAAGCACAACUCCAGAAGGGACUGCAGUGAUGAGGACAGCAAGAUAUUCCGGGCGUGGGCGGUGGCCAGCGGGAAAAUCAAUGAGUUCCCCACCGAUAAGGCCAGGUGGAAAACCAACUUCCGAUGCGCUCUCAACAAUCUCUCUGUGCGCUUCAAGAUGAUAAAAGAUAACUCCAAGAAUUCUGACGACCCUCACAAAAUCUACGAGAUCAUCAACACCGGAUACAACCAAGAAAGACUGCCAGACUCCCAGGAAGAUUCUGACAUGGUCCCAGAUAUCUACAGCUCUCCCAUAGAGUACUUACCCUCAGGAAAUGAGCACAAUCUGCUCAACAAUUUCAUGGCCUUGGAUCUUGGCAACCAGCAAGCAGAGAAGCAACCGUGGGCAGAGGGCUAUGGUCAGCACAUUCCAGCUGCCCUGCCCUAUGUAGCAGCUGAGAACCACCCACAGCUUCUACCAGAUCAGCCUUCCUACUGUGAGGUAAAUCCUCCACCAGUCAUCGGUUCACCUGUGCAGCCAUCUAUAUAUGACCUGGAGAUCUCCAUCCACUACAGGAAGAAAGAAAUGCUAAAGACCACUUUGUCCACUGCCCUUCUCCAGCUCCACUAUCAGCAGGAGGCCCCUGAGCUCAAUGCCCAUCGCCUCUGCUUCCCCUCCACUGACGGUCUGCUGGACCAGAAACAGGUUGAAUACACCAACCGCAUCCUUAGCAGCAUCCAGAGAGGUCUGUUCCUCAGGGUACAAGAGACUGGUAUCUACGCCUGGAGGCAGGACAGGUGCCAUGUGUUUGCCAGCACCAGUGACCCCAGUGCGGCUCACCCAGCCCCAGCCAAGCUGCCACAGAACACCAUGGUGGAGCUCCUCAGCUUUGAGAAAUAUGUGAAUGAGCUGAAGCAGUUUAGAGAGAACAAUGGCAGCUCUCCUAACUACACCAUCAACAUGUGCUUCGGAGAGAGGUUUCCUGAUGGAAAACCUUUGGAGAAGAAGCUCAUUGUAGUCAAGGUGGUCCCUCUGAUCUGUCGACACUUUCACGAGAUGGCCCAGAUGGAGGGGGCUUCGUCACUUCACAGCGCUAACGUCAGCCUACAGAUCUCACACAACAGCCUGUAUGACCUUAUUAACUCUGUCUUUAGCCUGCCGACAGCUGAGGAGUCAGCACGGGCUGCUGAGUCUUUUCUACCUCAGAUCUGAAUUUUUUUCUGUCACUCAACCCUACUGGGGUCUAUCUUAACUCCCUAUGGGACACACUCCCUGCUUUUACCCAAAGCUUUGCUGACAAGUAGCCAAACUGGUGACCUGUUGAAUGUGUCAGAGUAGCUGAAGCAGGAGUACAUAUAAUUUAAUCGGUCAUUGCAAUCUGUGCAAUUACUGAUAAGCUGUAACUCCACCCUCCUGCUUUGCUUCAUCUCCUGUUAACUAUUAGUGUCACAUUAGUCACCAACUUUAGGCAAAAAGUGACGUUCUUAUCACUACAUAAAUAGAAAUGAACUCCUCCACUGUUAGACUGUUAUUUUACUCAAAGGCCAAUGGCCUUGCCUUCAAACAAACUUGUAUAUUAUUGCUGUAAAUGUCAAAUCAUCUCUUAAUGAAAUGUGUCCUUUCCAAUUGAUAUAUGUAUGUUGUGACCAAAUGAUGCCUAACAUGAUGGAAAAUCCUGUUAAACGUGAUGUUUUUGCUCUUUGCUCACGUAUGUGAGCUUUUAAAAUGCAAAUUAAAGCUAAAUGAUGUAUGUGACAGGGUUUUUAUUAUGUGUCUUGCAGCCAUUGACUGCAGUAUAUCCAUGUUUGUGGUGGACUGUUUUGCACUUCAGAAUUUGUUCACCUUUUUUUAUCCUCUGCACUUUUCACACUGGAAAAUCUAAACUGACAUUAUUUGAUUGCAUUAGAUUUCAAAUAAAGUCUUUAACCUUGAA